AUGAUGAAACCUAUAUUUCUUGUUUGGUCAUUUUUGAGUUUCAUAUCCACGAUUUUUAGUUCCACUGUUAUAUAUGGUCCCAGUGCUGAUUACUAUCCUUCUAAUACACCAACAAUUGCCGAAGCUCGUUUAUUUAAUGCAGCUCAUAAGAGAAUCGUUCCAUUCAAUGCAAAAGCAAUUGAAGACGCAGCAAAUAGCUUUACUGAUGAACAAGUCAAUCGAGGUGUUGUAGUAUUUGUACAACCUGGUAAUGUUGUUGGCGAUGGUUCAGGUGCUCGAUCAACACCUUUCAUUAAAAACAUUGGUAAGAAAGGGCAAACACGUAAGAUUCUCAUCACAACAUUAGGUGAUUGGGGUUCAUGUACGUUCAGUGAUAGUAUUAAAAUUCAAUCUUGUUAUGGAGUUGCUUUUGGUGGCUUUAAAUUCACUGGUGUUAAUCAGUUCGGAACCAAACGAGGUUUUCUUGCACAAGAUUGCACAGAGAGUUCUGUGUUUAAUAUGGCUCCUUUAUCAACUUUUGGCGGUCAAACAAUCGAUGGUAUACCUUCAUGGGAUAUUGAAUUUAUUAAUAUAGUACUUCCAGAUGGUUUUCUCAAAUAUGAUGCCAAUAACAAUGCAGAUACUGCAUCAUUCCGUACCGCAUUACAAGCUCCAGUUAGUGGUGUCCGCUUUCUUGGAUGUUAUUUUUCACCAUCUUUUCGUGAAGCUGGUUCGAAGGCACAUACUGAUACGCUUCAGUUCUCUGGAAACAGUGCAUACUCUGAUAUUCUUUUUGAAAAUACAGUUGUAUUCGGAAGUACUAAUGCAGCACUUCAAGUUGGUGCUGCCAAUGGUUAUAAUCUUCUUCGUACCCUGGUUAUUGGUGGUAAAGCUACAUGUGUACGUUAUCCUGUUCCUCCAGGUGCAGAUGGAUACUCUGUCGGUUAUGUUACUCCGAACGGAAUGAAUGGUGCAGCAACAAACGCAACUGCAAUCAAUUCGAUUAUUCUUGGGUCAAUUGGCUCUACUCGUUGGGCAUACCAAUCUGGUUCGACUAUUACUUAUACUCCUCAAGCUUCACAACAGCCUGCUACAGGAUUAAAAUGGACUGUAGAUCCUUCAUUAGUCAAUAUCGACAAAACAUGGAUAGAUGCACGUGUUCCGGUUCCAACAGAAGCUUAUUUACAAAGUAUCUUCAAUAAUGCAGGAUAA